CCUAGCCGGGCAUGUGCCGGCUUCUGCCGCAGCCGUGAUGGCCCAGGCCGGAGGGGAGGUCGCCCGGGAGCUGCAAGACAGCAUCCGGAAGUUCCUGAACCGACCUCCCAUCCACCUGCUGGUGAGGGUGAAGCUAGAAACCAAGCCGAAGAAAAGCGAGGACAGGGUGCUGGUUCUCACCACCUGGCGAAUCUAUCUCUUUGGGCUAAAGGUACCAGCCAAGCUCGAAUGCUCUUUCAACGUCCUGGAGAUCCGAGCCUUAAACGCCCUUCAUCACACCCAGAUCCUGGUGGAGACGGAGAAGGCCAACUACAGCUUGAAAUUCCCCACCCCGGAAAGCGCCGACCAGGUCACGAGGCACGUCAACACUUCCUUAGCCAAAAUCUUCCCUAGCCCGGCCUCUGUCUGCCUCAUACGCCAUGGGACGGUGGAGACCCCCGAGACGCCGCGAGACAUGUCCCCCAAUUCGGAAAGCUCCAAUUCCACCACACACAGCAUAUGCGGAGGCUUUUCCGAAACCUACGCGGCUCUCUGCGACUACAACGGACACUCUUGCCGCGAGGAGGUGCAGUGGGACGUUGACACAAUUUACCAUUCCGAAGACAACCGGGAAUUCAACCUCCUCGAUUUCUGUCACCUGGAAAGCCGGGACUUGGCGCUGAUCGUGGCUGCUUUGGCAUACAACCAGUGGUUCACCAAACUCUACUGCAAGGACUUGCGGCUGGGCUCCGAGGUCGCUGAGCAGGUUCUCCACACGGUGAGCAAAUCCCACCACCUAGAGGAGCUGGUGCUGGACAAUGCGGGGUUAAAAACAGAUUUCGCCCUGAAACUGGCCUGUGUCCUGGCGGAGAACCCAAACGCCGCCCUCCAUGCCCUCACCCUCUCCCACAACCCUCUGGAGGACAAAGGUCUCAGCGCCUUGAGCCAGCAACUUCUGUGUUUCCCGAAAGGCCUCAGCAAACUUUGCCUUUCCAAGACCAGCAUCACUGCUAAAGGACUCGCCAUUCUGUGCCAGACCUUUGGAGCCAACCCAGCCUUCACCAGCUCCCUCCGCCAUCUUGACCUGAGCAAAAACCCAGGGUUACUGGGGACGGAGGAGGCGAACGGCUUCUAUUCCUUCCUGGCCCAGCCCAACGCACUGGUUCACCUGGACCUCUCGUCCACAGACUGCGCCGUGGAUGCCCUCUUCGGGGCGCUGCUGCACGGCUGCUGCCCGCGGCUUAGCUACCUCAACCUGGCACGAAACACCUUCUCCCACAGGAAAGGAAAGGGACUGCAGCCAUCUCUCAAGCAGUUUUUCUGUAGUGCCUAUUCCCUCACCUAUGUGAACCUGUCAGGCAUCAAAAUACCCGUGGAGGCAUUAAGGUCUCUUUUCCAAGGUCUGUCGGCCAACACCCACCUCAGCGAACUCCACCUGGAUCUGAGUGGAUGUGAGUUGCGCUCCCCGGGGGCUCAAGUCCUUCAAGAGCAGCUGUCUGGAAUCAGCGCCUUGAGUAGUCUAGAUCUUUCUGACAACGGCUUCGACGCCGACUUGCUGACUCUCGUCCCGGCGCUAGGCAGGAACAAAUCUCUGAAGCACCUCUGGCUGGGCAAGAACUUCAAUGUCAAAUCCCGGACCUUGGAGGAAAUCCUUCAGAAGAUUGUGCAGGUGAUCCAGGAAGAGGACUGUUCCCUGCAGACUUUUUCCGUCGCUGACUCCCGGCUCAAAACCCGCACCAGCAUCCUGAUCAACGCCCUGGGCAGCAACACUUGCCUGACCAAAGUGGACCUGAGUGGGAACUGCAUGGAGGACAUCGGGGCAAAGAUGCUGUCGAAAGCCCUGCAGAUCAACAGCACGCUGAGGAGUAUUUCCUGGGAUAAGAACAAUACAACUGCACAAGGCUUUCAGGACAUCGCCCGGGCCUUGGAGAACAACUACACCCUCAAGUUCAUGUCAUUCCCCAUGAGUGACAUCACGGCGGCUUACCGAAAUGCCCCUGAGAGGACGGACGAGGUGUGGCAAAAGAUCCAGUGGUGUCUCCUCAGGAACAACCAGUCGCAGAAGUUCCCCCAGGACCAAGCCUUCCGCCUCCACCAGGGAAUCGUCACCAAUAGCGCCGAGCAAAUGAUGAGCCGCCUCUGUGUCAGGGUCCAGGAAGAGGUGCGGUUGCUGCGGACCUGCUCCGCCGACACGAUUCAGGAAGAAGUGCUCUACGCCCGGGAACUCAUGAAGGAAGCCAAGAAUUCGCGGGCGCUCUUCCCCAGCCUGUAUGAGCUUGGGCACAUUUUGGCCAGCGACGGUCCGGUCCGGCACAGGCUAGAAUCAGUGGCCAACGAGGUCUCAAAAGCAGUUGACAAGGAACUGCAGGUGAUCCUGGAGUCUAUGGUUUCCCUCACCCAAGAGCUGUGCCCACACGCCGUCCAGGCGGCGGAAGAGCACAACAAGAUGCUGGCGGCCGUUUCGGAGCGCGUCACCGUGCCCCGAAACUUCAUCCGGGGGGCUCUGCUGGAGCAGGCUGGCCAGGACAUACAGAACAAGCUCAACGAGGUCAAGCUUUCGGUGGUGACUUACCUGACCAACACGAUUGUGGAAGAGCUGCUGCAGGAGCUGUACUACGCUCACAAGAGUCUGGCCCAGCACAUCAGCCACCUCCGCCGGCUUUCCGAGGGCCAAGACAACGCCACCCUCCUGGAGCAGGUUGGGAAGCCCCGUCUCCACGACCACGAGGAGACCACGGACGACGAGCUGGGCUCCAGCAUUGACACCAUGGCCAUCAAGAGGCGGAAGAACUGCCGCAGGAUCCGGCCCGCUUCCGCCUUCAUUAGUGGUUCUGAGCAGGACGGCGACCUGGCUGUGCCCAGGAUGGACUCCCCGCUGGGCUGGAUCUCGCUGGCUAGCAGCAGCCAAUACUUGCAUUCCCGCAGCACGUCCUUCGAGGCGCUCUCCGACCUGCCGACGGAAGGGGGCCGGCUGGAGCACCGCACCCGCAGCCGCCCCCGGCCGCCCCGUGCCGCCCCGCAGGGCAGGUUCCGCCCCAGUAACCGAAUCCUGGGCUCUAUAGAGUCCCGAGAACAGGAGAACGGAUCAGUUCCACGACUGGAUGAGGGUCUCGAUGAAUUUUUUAACAGAAGGGUCCUUGCUGACAACACUGGGUACCCUCGGACGCCCAAGGGCUGUGGGGUGAGGCCGGGAUCCUCUGACCCCCUCCCGCCCCUCCAGAAGAAGAGGAGGAGGGGCCUCUUCCACUUCCGCAGGCAUCGCAGCAUCAAGGGGGAGCGAGACCCUGAGGACCUGCCCCCCAGCCCUCCCCCACCACCCACGGGUGGGGAGGAGCAGAAGCCCCCGCUGCGCCCCUCCGGCAGCCAGGAGGAGGAGAGGCGGCUGGGGCAGGAUGGCCUGGGGGUGGCUGUGCCCCUUCCGGGAAUAGGCGUCCUCGGUCCUGGAUGUGGGGUGAAGGGUCUGCCCAGCAGGGCUAAACAGGUAAAUGAAGUCUUUGCUCCCGGGAAUGGCGGGAGGGUAGAGGGCAAGGGGGCUCUCCAAAGAGUUCUGCGUUUCAUUUACUCUGCUCUCUUCUCUCUCCCCCCCCCCCGCCGCCACAAAAAGAGCUCCUAUCCCGACACAGGGAGGGUGGAGCCAGACUCCAAAGGGGCGGAGCUCCUGCAGCCGUCGCGGGUCCAAGGCGUGGCCCUGCCCGGAAUGGGGCGUGCUAAGGGGUGGAGCCUGGAUGCCAAGUUGGAGAGCGUCGACCUGGGGCGAGGGGGGAGCAUGAAGGAGCAGCAGAGAAGACGCUCUUCAGACGACUCAGGGCAAGCAGGAUGGAAGCCUCACCCCCCACUGCAGAGUACCAAGCCAAGCUUUGCCACCAUUCGCCGGGCAGAAGCCAGCUGGGACAUAGGUGGGCAUGUGAGGUUUUGUGAGUUUCCUGGGUAAGAUCACUGCCGACUGCUC